AAAAUACAAAGAGUUUCGCGGUUAUACACCAAAAAUAAAAAUUUCUUUCUUUCAGCUUCGUUUUCUCUCCUCUUUCCCUCUCUUCUUUCUCCCCAUCUCUUCCCACCCUUUCUCUCUCUUCAAUCUGAAUCUCUUUCUCCAGCCGUCUUCGUCUUCAUCCUCUUCGAAAAUCCACUGCUUUUGAAUCUCCAAGUCCAAUUCCAGAAGCCUCUGGACUGUUCCUUAGGCAAUUUGGAACUUUUUAAUGGGGCCAGCAAGAAAGUCUAGGAACCCAAACAAACGGUAUUCUUCUGUCAAUGAAGCAUCUCCUGUAAAAGAAUCAGAAAAUAGUGGAAGAAGCAGUCUACGGAAGAGGAAAAUUUCUGACAUGUUAGGGCCUCAAUGGAGCAAGGAAGAGCUCAGUCGUUUUUAUGAAGCAUAUCGCAAAUACAAUAGAAACUGGAAAAAGAUUGCUGCUGCAGUAAAACAUCGAUCUGUUGAAAUGGUGGAGGCCCUUUUCACAAUGAAUAAGGCUUACUUGUCACUUCCAGAAGGCACAGCUUCAGUUCGUGGACUAGAAGCAAUGAUGCAAGACUAUUACAGCAAUUUGGCAAGCGACAGCGACCAAGAAAGCAAUGAUGGGGUGGGAACUUCCAGGAAACCGCAGAAGCGUGUUAGGGGAAAAAGCCAACCGAACAACUCUAAAACAUUUGAAAAUGACUUUGUUUCAGAUUCCCCAACUGCAACACCUUAUGGAUUUCAAUCAAUGCUGAAGAAGAAGCGCACAGGAGUGACUCGAAAAAGGACCCCACGGGUCCCCAUUGCCUAUGAGAAUGGUAACGGGAAGAGGUUAUCCUCACCAGCUGGGCAGGGUGCGAAGUUGGAGACUGCUACCAAUGACGAUGAUGUUACUCAUGAGAUAGUAAUAGCUUUGGCUGAGGCGUCACAAUUAGGAGGUUCUCCUCAGGUUUCGCAGACGCCAAGUAGAAGAACUGAAAGUGUUAUGUCAUCUCCUGCUCGCAAUAGGGAAAGGAAGAAAAUGACCAGAGCCAAGCAUGUUGAUAGCGAUAUAGAUGAAGAAGAAUUAGAGGUAAGUAUGGAAGCUGAUACUGGUCAAAUAUCCAGGCGUAAGGGUUACUUGAAGAGAAAUGUGCAUGCUAGCAGUAGGGGGAAAAGAUUUGAUGGAAAGAAAACAAAUGUUGACGACACUGGUGACAAUCAGUUUGACGACACACUGGAAUCUUGUAGUGGAACAGAAGGAAAAAGAUUUGUUACAUCAAGCUUUAAGCCCUCUUCCCAAGGGCCUAGGAAGAGAUUGAAAAGGACACCACUUCCUAAAAGAGAUGAAGAUUCUAGCUUUGACGCCUUGCAAACGUUGGCUGAUUUAUGCUUUAAAGCCCCCCAAGAAGUAACUGAGGAUGAAUCAACGGUGCAGAUUAAAGAUGAAGGGGAUCAUGUGGAUGAAAUUGAGUCAUUUGUAAAUAAGCCCGCAGCACUCCAGAGGGAUAAGCAUAGACCCUUGGGACAGAAAACAAAAAGUGACAAAUCGGUGGUGGCUAAACCUGAAUUGUUUUCAAACAAAAUGUUUAAACCGGGGAAAGCUUUAAACUCCGAUGUUAAUAUUGUUCCUGAAGUGGAGCAGGAAAAUUAUCUGUCUAAAUCUACAAGGAGAAGACCAAAGCCUGUUGGGCCAAAGAUUAAGAAAUUUGAAGCUCAACAUCCAAGUGGUGAUGUUAUAGAACCUCAGGACGACGAGACAAACGCCGGGAAGUUGAGUAGAAGCAAGAGAUCUUCUCAAACUGCUUCUCCAAAAUUGACAAAAAAUGCAGAACAUUCUUCUAAUACUGAUCUAAGAAGAGAGGGUAGUGAUUCAGCUCAAUCAGCUGUACAGGUCCCUCUACCUAACCAAACUAGCUCGCCAAGUAAAGUAAGGAGCAAGCGCAAGACUGACCUGAAGAAAACUGAUGUACCCAAAGAUUUGAAGGUUGCAGAAAAGCUUUUAAAUGACAGAGCCAUUGGACCUGUAGCUUCACCCGAUGACACAGCAUGUAGUCUUAAGAAGAAACUUUCUAAUUGCUUAUCGAAUCAUCUGCUGAGGAGAUGGUGUACAUAUGAGUGGUUUUACAAUGCUAUUGAUUACCCUUGGUUUGCCAAAAGAGAGUUUGUUGAGUAUCUAGAGCAUGUCGGAUUGGGACACAUUCCUAGGUUGACUCGUGUGGAAUGGGGUGUCAUAAGAAGUUCACUUGGAAAACCACGGCGGUUCUCUCAACAGUUUUUGAAAGAAGAAAAGGAGAAGCUUAACAGAUAUAGAGAUUCUGUGAGAACCCAUUACACUGAACUUCGUGAAGGUGUCAGGGAUGGACUUCCAACAGAUCUUUCAAGGCCUUUGUCUGUUGGACAACAUGUUAUUGCAAUCCAUCCAAAAUCUAGAGAGAUACAUGACGGAAGUGUGCUAACAGUUGAUCAUUCCAGGUGUCGGGUUCAGUUUGAUCGGCCUGAUCUAGGUGUUGAAUUUGUCACGGACAUUGACUGCAUGCCCUUCAAUCCUAUGGAGAAUAUGCCCACACUGCUUGCCAGACAAUUUGACGUUGAUAAGUUCUUUGAGAACUUCAAUGAGCUCAGGAUGAACGAACAAGCAAAGGAUUAUAUGAAGAUUUUACCUUCUGACAACCUUGAGAAUAUUAAUGGUCUAUCUCAUUUGUCACCAUCAACUUUCCAUUUGAAGCAGACAAAGGCCUCAGAAGAUGCUAAUUUGCAAGCUAGAGUUGGAACUAGACAAACACUUAUCUACCAUCCAAUGCCUUAUCCUCAGCCAGCUACCACAGCUCAAGUUCAGGCCAAGGAAGCUGAUGUUCAGGCUCUAGCAAAGCUAAAUCGCUCUCUUGACAAAAAGGAAGCUUUAGUUUCUGAGUUGAAGCGCUUGAAUGAUGAUGUGGUGGAAAAUAGCUCUCUCAAAGAGUCAGAGUCUUUUAAGAAACAAUAUGCAGCUGUACUUGUCCAGCUGCAUGAUGCGAAUGAACAGGUUAAUUCUGCUUUGAUUAGCUUGAGACAACGCAAUACAUAUCCAGGAACUACCUCACUAUGGUUGCGACCCAUAGGUGAUCCCAGUCCUACAUUGAACUCUCUGGAUCGCUCUAUUUGUGAAUCUAAUGAUUCUCGGUCUCAAGUUAAUGAAAUUAUCGAAAGUUCGCGGAGAAAAGCGAGGACAAUGGUUGACGUCGCAAUGCAGGCAAUGUCAUCAUAUAAGGUUAAGGAGCACACGAAGAUUGAAGAGGCUAUUGAUUAUGUAAAUGAGCAGCUUCCUCUAGACGAUUCAUCCAUUUCAGCCGCUCCCGAGACGGAUGCCAAAGUCGCAGCAGACAAGAAUGAGGCACCUGUACCGUCGGAGCUUAUCAGUCAAUGUGUUGCCACUCUGCUUAUGAUUCAGAAAUGCACGGAACGGCAGUUCCCGCCUGCCGAUGUGGCCCAAAUAUUGGAUUCUGCCGUAACGAAUCUGAAGCCUUGCUGCCCGCAGAAUCUUCCGGUUUACACUGAAAUACAAAAAUGCAUGGGAAUGGUCAAGAACCAAAUAUUGGCCCUUAUACCUACAUAAGGCUUUGGCAAAAUCGAAACACCACCUUGUGUCCGAAUUGUAGAUAAUUCAUUUCAACACACUUCUUUCAUUGUUUUAUGACGAUUGUUCUUUUUUUUAUUAUUCUUAACUUUAAAUGAAAUGUGUUAUUUGCUCUGCUGUUGUAUCUCAAGAACUCGCUCAAGAUGGUCUCCGUUGGGUAUCUAUGACGAACCAGACCUCUCCAGCGUUUCAUUCGAAUUGACAUAGUUUAGAUCUGACGAACUCCUAAACCUAAGUGAUUAUUGUGUCAGAUCAUAAGACCACGAAUCAGGAGUUAGAAUCAAGCAAACCAGUUAUCCUAGAUCGUGUGUAUAUAUAUAUAUAUAUAUAUAUAU